GACCGGCUCUCAAGGUCCAUGGCGAGGGGGUCAGGUGCCGGGUCAAGGUCAGAGUCUCUCCUCGGGUCUCCUCCCAGUCCUCCAAGGCAGGAGGGCUAGGCAGGAAGCAUCGGUUUCCUCAGAGCUGCUUCCCUCCUGGGGCAGCCUCGGCCACAAACAACUGGCGCCCCGCCCCUCCUUCCCUCCGCUCUGAGCUCACAAUUCCAGGACAAAGUGCUGGGGACAAGGACCUGGCCGGCACGGCCAUGGGCUCCGUGCGAGCGGGCCUCCUCGGGGCCCGGUGUGUCCUGUCGCUUCUGCUUCUGCUCAGCCCAGGAGGCCUGGCUCAGGACUCCCCACCACGGAUCACUGUCCACCCCGAGGACCAGCUGCUGCAGGGCCAGGGGCCUGCCAGGAUGAGCUGCCGAGCCUCAGGACAGCCGCCUCCCACCAUCCGCUGGAUGCUGAACGGGCAGCCCCUGAGCAUGACUCCCACGGACCCCUACCACCUCCUGCCUGACGGGACCCUCCUGCUGCUGCCAGCCCCUGCCCAGGGACAGGAGCUGGGGGUCUACACCUGUGAGGCCAGCAACCGGCUGGGCACAGCCGUCAGUCGGGGUGCACGGCUGUCUGUGGCUGUCCUUCGGGAGGAUUUCCGGGUGCAGCCCCGGGACACGGUGGCCACAGUGGGCGAGCAGGUGACUCUGGAGUGCGGGCCGCCCUUGGGCCGCCCCGAGCCCAGUGUCUCGUGGUGGAAGGACGGGAAGCCCCUGGCCCUGCAGCCCGGGAGGCACAAGAUGGUCCGAGGCUCCCUGCUGGUGAUGCGAGCCGAGAAGAGCGACGCAGGCACCUACAUGUGCGUGGCCGCCAACAGGGCGGGUCGCAGGGAGAGCCGAGCCGCCAGGGUGUCCGUGCAGGAGCCCCCUGACUCCAAGGAACCCCUGAGGCUCCUGGCUGUGCGCAUUCAGCUGGAGAAUGCGACCCUUCUGAACCCGGGGCCCGCCAGGGGCCGCUCAUCCAGGCCUGCCGUGUGGCUCCGCUGGAAGGUGAGCGGCCCGGCUGCCCCAGCUGAGUCCUACACAGCUCUGUUCAGGGCCCAGGGAGCGCCGUGGGCCGAGGCCCCGCUGGCCGGUCAGCAGAGCGCCGAGUUGGGCAGCCUUCGCUGGGGCCAGGACUAUGAGCUCAAAGUGAGACCGUCCUCUGGCCGCGCCUACGGCCCCGACAGCAACGUGCUGCUCCUGAGGCUGCCUGAGCAAGUGCCCAGUGCCCCGCCUCAGGGGGUGACCCUCAAGGCUAACAAUGGCAGCGUCCUCGUGAGCUGGGCCCCACCGCCAGCUGAGCACCACAACGGCAUCAUCCGUGGCUACCAGGUCUGGAGCCUGGGAAAUGCCUCUGUGCCCUCCGUCAACUGGACAGUGGCGGGUGAGCAGACUCAGCUGGAGAUGGCCACGCGGAUGCCAGGCUCCUACUGCGUGCAGGUAGCCGCCAUGACGGGAGCCGGGGCUGGGGAGCCCAGCACACCUGUCUGCCUCUUACUAGAGCAGCCCGUGGAGCAAGCGGCCCGAGAGCCAGGGAGCAGGGCGCCGUGGACACUGAAGCAGCUGAAGGCCGCCCUGGCCCGGCCUGAGGUCAUCGCCAGCGGAGCCGUAGGGCUCUGGUUACUGCUGCUGGGCACUGCUGUGUGUGUCCACCGCCGGCGCCGAGCUGGGAUGCACCUGGGCCCAGGUCUGUACAGAUACACGAGUGAGGACGCCAUUCUAAAGCACAGGAUGGACCACAGCGACUCUCCGUGGCUGGCGGACACGUGGCGUUCCACGUCUGGCUCUCGGGACCUGAGCAGCACCAGCAGCCUCAGCAGCCGGCUGGGAAUGGACCCUCGGGAUGCUCUGGACGGGCGUCAUUCCUUGAUCUCCUGGGACCCGCGGAGCCCCGGAGUGCCUUUGCUUCCCGACACCAGCACUUUUUAUGGCUCUCUCAUCGCUGAGGUGCCCUCCAGCCCCCCAGCCCGGCCAAGCCCCCAGACCCCCGCCGUCCGGCGUCUCCCACCCCAGCGGGCCCGACUCUCUAGCCCCUGGCCCAGUUCCGACAGCCUCUGCAGCCGCAGGGGCCUCGCUUCCCCGCGCCUGUCCCUGGCCCCCACGGAGGUUUGGAAGGCCAAGAAGAAGCAGGAGCUGCAUCAGGCCAACAGCUCUCCGCUGCUUCGUGGCAGCCGCCCAGUGGAGCUGUGGGCGUGGGAGCCGGGGAGUGGAGGCACCAGGAACCUCUCCCAGAGUCCAGGUCCCGUUCCCCGAGCGCUGGUGGCCUGGCGGGCGCUGGGCCCACAGCUCCGCAGCAGCUCCAACGAGCUGGCCACGCGCCCUCUCCCCCCGACACCUCUCUCGCUUCAGGGAGCCCCCGCUCAGGGAGCUCAGCCCAGGCACCCACUGGAGCCCCAGCCUCCCUCCCACCUGCCCCUGUCGGCAGCCCCCCACCCUGGCCUGAUCCCUUCGGGUCCCCCCAGCCCCUCCAGCCCCCCGGCCUCCUCCCUCUCGGGGCCCAGCCCAGCCUCCAGCCGCCUGUCCAGCUCUUCCCUCUCUUCACUGGAGGACGACCAGGACAGCGUGCUGACCCCAGAGGAGGUGGCCCUGUGUCUGGAGCUCAGUGAGGGCGAGGAGACCCCCAGGAACAGCGUAUCGCCUAGACCCAGGCCUCCCUCCCCGCCGGUCACCUACGGCUACAUCAGCGUGCCCCCCGCCUCAGGCCUGGCUGACAUGGGCCGGGCGGGAGCAGGGGUAGGGUCGGAGGGGGCCAGCUUGCUGUGCCCCCCUCGGCCCUGCCCCACCCCCACCCCCAGUGAGGGCUCCUUGGCCAACGGCUGGGGCUCAGCGUCCGAGGACAACGCCCCCAGUGCCAGGGCCAGCCUCGUCAGCUCCUCCGACGGCUCCUUCCUGGCUGACACCCACUUCGCCCGGGCUCUAGCCGUGGCCGUGGACAGCUUUGGCCUGGGCUUGGAGCCCAAGGAGACAGACUGCGUCUUUACGGAUAACUCGUCACCCCCGUCUCCCCGGGACGCUCUCUCCCUGUCCCUGUGGGAGUGGAGGACAGACUGGCUGGAGGGCCUGGACAGCAGCCACAUGCAGCCGCUGGUGGGGGUGCUGCCCCCCUGGCCCCCCGACGGGCCGCUCCCCACGCGGAGAAGUCAACGCCGCCGCCCAGCACGCAAGGCCUCUGACUCCCCCUGAAGUGUCCCUGAGACAGCGAGAGACUCAGCCUGGGCUGCCACAAUGGGGCUUGCCUCCAAGGUCAGGGUUCACCUUCGGGGCCUCCGGGAGCCUUCUCCCACACUGUGAAAGAGACCGGAAGCCGAAAGAAGCUCCAGACCAACAACCGGGGAACCUGGGGGAGCCUGGGGGCCUGAGUUCUACCCACCUCCUCCCCACCCCGGCUUUUCUGCAUCCCCCAUCCCCUGGAGGCCCAGGCCUCUGCCUCUGGAGCAGCCCCCCUGACCCCCACCUCAUUUCUCACCCACUCGGACCACAGGAAGUGAGGCCAGAGCUCUCUGGAGAGCAACACGGACGCUGGUCGAGGGCUGUGGGGCAUGGAACAUCUAGAACCUUCCUCCCAGCCUCCCUGCACCUUCCCAGGGAGGGUCCGACUCCACCUUUUCCCCAGUGGCCCGUGAAAGCAAGAGAGGAAGACCAACGAGGAAUGGGGACCUUCUGGACACGAGGCUCUGGGCG